AGCCCGCUGGAUCCUCUACUGACCUGCUGUUCUUUCCUGCUUUCCUCUCGUGUUUUUUCCACAUUUAGAUUAAAAACAAAGCUCACUCUCUCGCUCUCUUUCUCUCUCUCUCCCAUCUCCCCUCCCUCCUUCCUUCUUCUUCUUCUUUUCCUCCUUCCUAUCCUUCUUCUUUUCUGCGGCUGCAGUCAAGGCAGAGGCUUCAGCGUGUCACAGAGAGGGUGAAGAGGAGGAAAAAGCAGAGAGGAAGACUAUUUGGACGGAGCUGAGUGUGUGUUUACAUUUGUAUGUUUCGCCAUUGGACAGCCGGGUGAAGGGGCACAAGGAGGAGGAGGAGGCGGAGGAAGACAAGAAGAGGGGAGCCUGCUUGGAUGAAAUUCUCUGUGUCAUGUCACUAUGUGUGGACCUUGACUGAUCACAGGUUGACGAGAGGGAGAGAGACACUGAGAGAAAGGCAAGAAGGUGGAGAGAGGCAAAAAGAAAGGAGGAGAAACUGACUUUGAAGAAGAAAGAGGAGUAGAAGAAGAAGUCUGGUCCUCUGUUUUAUCAUGACAUUGUUGGAUAAACAAGACGACAGAUUGAGCGCUCUACAGUUGUGUGUCAACAGAAAUUCUCCUUAGAAGAGAGUGAAGACUGUGAGAAGUAAACACUGCUGUGUUCAAGCCCAGCUAAGGAGCAGGGACAGGACUUUCUGAGUGUGUGUGCUUGUGUGUGUGUGUGAGUGGGUGUGUAACCGGUGGAGGGCAGAGGAGUGGAGGGCCAGGGGACUAACCUGGCCAUCAAACGGACUGGCAGCCUCUCCUCUCCUGGGAUCAUGUACCCUCAGGGAAGGCAUCCGGUCCCCUUGCAGCCUGGCCAGUCUUUUAAAUUCACAGUCCUGGAAACUCUGGACCGAAUCAAGGAGGAAUUCCAGUUCCUCCAGGCGCAGUAUCACAGCCUGAAGCUGGAGUGUGAGAAGCUGGCGAGUGAGAAGACAGAGAUGCAGAGGCACUACAUCAUGUACUAUGAGAUGUCCUACGGUCUCAACAUUGAGAUGCACAAACAGGCGGAGAUUGUCAAGCGUCUCAGUGCCAUCUGCGCUCAGAUCAUCCCUUUCCUCUCUCAAGAGCACCAGCAACAGGUGGUCCAAGCAGUGGAGAGGGCCAAGCAGGUGACCAUGGCUGAACUCAAUGCCAUUAUCGGGCAGCAGCUCCAGCACCUGUCUCACCAUGCCCCUGGCAUCCCCCUCACGCCUCACCCAUCAGGCCUGUCCCUGGGUGCAGGGGGCUCUGGGCUUCUCGCGCUGACGGGAGCCUUGGGGGUCUCAGCUCACCUUGCAUCCAAAGACGAAAGAAACCACCUUGACCCUGAACAUCUCAGAGAGGGAGCACCCAGCAGGAGUAAGUCAGUGUCAUCAACAGACAGUCAGCCCAAUGAGGAGCGCCAAGGCCCGUCAGGAGGCUACUCUUCCUCGCAAGGAGGAGCGGAGGCUAAGAGGAGGCGCUGUGAUGACAAAGAGUCCCUUCCUCCACACUCCUAUGACAGCGAUGGAGACAAGAGUGAAGACAAUCUUGUAGUGGAUGUCUCUAAUGAAGAGCCUAACUCUCCUGCGGGCAGCCCUCCUCACUCCCCACAUGGGAACGGAUUGGACCGAGCUCCGACCCUGAGGAAAGAGCUCCCAGGCUCCUCCAGUACAGGGGAUGCCCCUUCUACUCCAAACCCCCGCAGCCCCACCCCGGGGAAGGCCAAGGACCCUGCACAGAUGGAUAAGUCCCAGUCUCCCUUGUCUAAGUCUAGCACCCCAUCCCCGUCUCAUCGUGACGCUCUUACACCUGGAGCACCAGGAGCCCCUGGUCCCAGCACCUCCUGCCUUCGUCUGGUCAGCAAAGCAGCAUCAAGUGCAGACCCUCUUGCUCUCCGCAGUCCCAUGUCUGUGCCCCCCGGUUCAUACCCGGCUCACUUUGGCGUGGUGUCCCACGCAGGACUGAAUGGAGAGCUGGCCAGCCCAGGAGGCUUUGGAGGCGCUCUGACUCUCUCCCCACAGAUCAGUGCAGCAGCAAACGCCUACUCCCGAAGCCCCAUGGUGGCAUAUGACUCUCGGUCUCACCUGAGAGCCCCGGGGUUGUCCUCUUCUCUGCCUGGUUCCUCUGGUGGAAAGCCUGCCUACUCUUUCCAUGUGAGUGCAGAUGGACAGAUGCAACCGGUGCCCUUCCCCCCUGAUGCCCUGCUGGGCCCAGGAAUUCCUCGCCACGCCCGUCAGAUUCACAGUCUGAACCAUGGCGAGGUGGUGUGCGCCGUCACCAUCAGCACCUCGACGCGUCACGUCUACACCGGAGGUAAAGGUUGCGUCAAAGUGUGGGACAUCAGCCAGCCAGGAACCAAGAGCCCCAUGGCCCAGCUGGACUGCCUGAACAGGGAUAACUACAUCCGUUCCUGUAAAAUCCUCCCGGAUGGACGAACCUUGAUUGUAGGUGGGGAGGCCAGCACCCUGUCAAUCUGGGAUUUGGCCACACCCACUCCUCGCAUCAAGGCUGAACUGACAUCAUCUGCCCCUGCUUGCUAUGCUCUGGCCAUUUCCCCCGACAACAAGGUGUGCUUCUCCUGCUGCAGCGACGGGAACAUUGUCGUCUGGGACCUUCACAAUCAGACGCUUGUCAGGCAGUUUCAGGGCCACACAGAUGGAGCGAGCUGCAUCGACAUCUCCAAUGAUGGCACCAAACUGUGGACAGGAGGGCUCGACAACACAGUGCGCUGCUGGGACCUACGAGAGGGGCGCCAGCUCCAGCAGCAUGACUUCACCUCGCAGAUCUUCUCUCUAGGUUACUGUCCAACGGGAGAGUGGUUGGCUGUGGGAAUGGAGAGCAGUAACGUGGAAGUGCUUCAUGUCUCCAAACCUGACAAGUACCAGCUGCACCUCCACGAGAGCUGUGUUCUGUCUCUCAAGUUCGCCUACUGCGGCAAGUGGUUUGUGAGUACAGGAAAAGACAAUCUGUUGAAUGCAUGGAGGACACCAUAUGGAGCCAGUAUUUUCCAGUCCAAGGAGUCCUCGUCUGUACUGAGCUGCGAUGUCUCCCCUGAUGACAAGUACAUAGUGACGGGCUCUGGGGACAAGAAGGCCACGGUGUAUGAGGUGGUGUACUAAGAGGGUUGGGACGAGAUGGGAGGAGACAGGACGUAGGGGUUUGGGAGCUUUUUUUUAUUUUGUAUUUUUUGGAGGAAAAUGGAGCAAUCAGUCACCCUGCCAAUCGCUUCUGAUCCUCAUUACAUCAGCAACAGCAACAGCCCCUUCUCCAUCCUCCUGAUCCUCAACCCUUACACAUCACCCCUUCUCCAUCUCCUUUUUUUGCUGUGAUAUAAGCUACUGUGGAAGCUCCCAAAUGCCCCCCUUCCUCCUUUUGUCUUUUUAGCUCAAGGAUGAUAGCAAAGAGAGAGGAAGCGGCACGAUAAGAAGGACAAAGGGAAAGGGCGGUGGAGCAUAAAGAUAAAGUCGGGUGAGCAAAAGAGGAGGAGAGAAAGCAAGAAGGAAGAGAAAUGACAGGGAGGAAGAGGAGGAGGGGGAGGAGGAGAGGCGAGGCCGGGUAAUUAGGGCUGUUUCCUGAUUAAGAGCUCAGUGGAAGGAAGGCCCCCAGAGGAGGCGCAGAGCGGCACUGUGGGAGCGCCAGCCAGGAGCACUGAUACCACACAAUCGAUUCAUUAGGCAGACAGUGGAAGCCUUAAUGAGGCUGACGCCGCAGCUCGCUCUCCCCACAGAGAGGUGUCAGGAGCUGGGGAACGAUGACGCUUCAGAUAUCCACACACACCGACAUGAAACAUAGACCUGUUCUCACACACAGGAGGCGAACGUCAUCGGGCAAAAGCACACACAAACUUGUACAAAUCCACUCCCUGAGGUGAACGUUGGAAGAGAAACACACACGCAACACACACAGCACCCAAUUAAACAUUCAUGGCAGCGCUCGCCGUCUCACUGCUUAAUAUCUAUUUUAUUUUGGUCUGACAAAGGCAGCGUCUAAUGAGCAGCCGAGUCAAUGGGAUUCUCCGAGGGCCCGCAGACACAAACACAGAACAUCAGCCGAGCUGUUCCCUCUAAUUCCUCCGGAUUGUUCUCCUGACACCGGGCGCUGCUCUCACUCUCAUUAAAGGCGCUGUCAGCGAGAUGAAGAAGCAGCACGCCGACUACACUGUAAGGCAGACAACAGGGCAAAUUAACACCACGCAAUUUUACUAUCAUCAGCAGCCAAAUAAGCAGCGUCUAAUCCCAAUCCUUUCUGUUUUCAUCAAACUGUUUUGAUUUACAAACCAGAUGAGAUUACGUGUUUAUCAGAGUCAUUAUCUCCACCUCUGCCUGCCUGCCUGCUGGUGUGUUCAAGAACGCUGGCUAACGUUCGCUAAGCUAAUGAUUGAGAUGUUACUCUCCUUUAAAGAAUAGUGUGAACUUUUGGGAAAUUUGUUUUUGGCUUCUUUUUGCUAAGAAAAUCAAACCACUCUUUCAUCUUUAGGACAGAAAAAUAAAGCCAUCACUAGCUUGCUGCUAGCCAAACUUAGCUUACCAUUAAUACUGACAACAGGGGGAAACAGCUCGCUUACCUUGAUCCAGAAGCAACAGUGUUCACCACACAGCAACUUUACAGCUUCUAAAUCAACAUAUUAUAUUUAGUUAUACUAAUACAAAGAGAUGAGAAUGAAGACAUACAUUUUUAGUUUUAUGUUCUGGACUAUGACCUAAUCCCAAUCUCCCUGCUGAAGUCUAAACAUUGAGUUCUCAUAGACUGUAAUGGUGUCAGGUGUGCUUUCUGUGAGUCCAUGAGGCCUGGAAUAGGUAUAAACCUGAGGUCUGUUAUGAUGCUCACUACAGUCACAGUAGGGGAUCAGAGAGACAUAAAUACGAUACCUGACCGACAGACAUGACUACACAGAGGUACGCGAUCAGUCAUUGUGACCAUCACACUGCACUGCCUUUGUUUGUCCGUCCAAACCUUAAGAUGAGUAAUAUGCUAACUUGAUGCUAAUGCUACGGCACUUAAUCACCAGAUGCUAUUUCUCUCCAACACUUCUCUCUUUCUUUAGUCUGUAGUGGAUGUCCCUCUACGACACAUCAUAAAGACAGGAUUGCUGUUGUCAGAGCUCACAUUUUUCCUCUGUCUCAUAAUUCCAUCUCACAGCACCACUUUAUCACUCUUUUUACCUUUUGUUUUGUUUACAUUUUUGACUGCUUCACAUGCAGAGCGCUCUGUGCUCUUAUUGCAUAACAUCUCUGAUUUUAUCCUGCCUUUCGUCAAAUACAUCUUGCAAAGCUCCCAUCUGAACUGUUUUGGCCCAGUUAGAAAGGGACAGGACCAAUCAGCAACAAGGGGCAGUACUUUCUGACGCAGCGGAGUCAUGAUGUAAGCAAGCAGCAACAAG